AGAGACAACUGUGAAUGGCAAGGGGGGCCCUCAGAUCCCUGCUGCCACCUCCUGGGAUGGAGCCCUAAGAAGCCCUUGUGCUGCCCCUGCCCUGGCUGGACUCACAGCCUCCCCGCUGCACUGAAGCCCACAGCUGCCUCUCUCCUUGGACCUCCUCUGGGCCCCAAAGGCACCAGGCAGAGGCUUUUGGGACCAUGGUUGGACUAAAGCCUUCAGAUGUGCCUCCCACAACGGCUGUGAAGUUCCUGGGGGCGGGCACAGCGGCCUGUUUUGCUGACCUCCUCACCUUUCCACUGGACACAGCCAAGGUCCGCCUGCAGAUCCAGGGGGAGAACCAGGCAGCCCAGGCAGCCCGGGGUGUGCAGUACCGUGGCGUGGUGGGCACCAUCCUGACCAUGAUACGCACCGAGGGCCUCCGCAGCCCCUACAAUGGGCUGGUCGCCGGCCUGCAUCGCCAGAUGAGCUUCGCCUCCAUCCGCAUCGGCCUAUACGACUCCGUCAAGCAGAUCUACACCCCAAAAGGAGCAGACCACUCCAGCAUCGCUACCCGGAUUUUGGCGGGCUGCACCACAGGGGCAAUGGCGGUAACCUGUGCCCAACCUACAGAUGUGGUGAAGAUCCGAUUUCAGGCCAGUGUCGCUCUUGGGCCCGGGAGCGACAGGAAAUACAGCGGGACUAUGGAUGCCUACAGAACCAUCGCCAGGGAGGAAGGGCUCAGGGGCCUGUGGAAAGGAACUUUUCCCAACAUCACAAGGAAUGCCAUCGUCAACUGUGCUGAGAUGGUGACCUACGACAUCAUCAAGGAGAAGCUGCUGGACUAUCGCCUGCUCACAGACAACUUCCCCUGCCACUUUGUCUCUGCCUUUGGAGCUGGCUUCUGUGCCACAGUGGUGGCCUCCCCGGUGGACGUGGUGAAGACCCGGUAUAUGAACUCACCGCCAGGCCAGUACCGCAGCCCCCUGGACUGCAUGCUAAAGUUGGUAGUCCGCGAGGGCCCCACAGCCCUGUACAAGGGAUUUACACCCUCCUUUUUGCGUUUGGGAAGCUGGAAUGUGACGAUGUUCGUAACCUAUGAGCAGAUGCAACGGGCCUUGAUGAAAGUCCAGAUGUUACGAGAAUCUCCUUUUUGAAGAAGACAAGAAGGCAACUGGUACUUAACUUGUAUGAAACCAAGAAUGGAAGAGUGGAAUGAAACAGUGGAUCCACAUACACAUGGACACAGACUACACAUGUUUACAGAACUGUUUACUUGUUGCACAUUCAAGAAAC